AAAACCUAUCCUAAACAAAAUGAUUAUUAAUUAAAUCGAUUGAAAUGUACAUUAUAUUGAUAACAGUGAUAGUAUGCGGUACAUGGUGUGGAAAUCGUGCGUAUCCUUUAAUCAAAGGGGGUCCUUUAACUAAUACAUAUAAAUUUCACUCAAUGAUGUUCCAUUGGGGACCAUCGGAUAACGAAGGAAGUGAACAUACGAUUAAUGAUGUUCGAUAUGCCAUGGAAUUGCAAUUUGUUCAUGUUAAAAGUGAUUUAUUUUCACCUUUUCAAGCAGCUAUACUAAACGCUAAAGAUGGUGUUGUCAUAGUAUCAUCUUUUUUCAACAUAAUACCUGUUGAUAAUCCUUAUUUGGAUUAUAUAGUAAACAAUUUGAGAUACAUCAAACAACCUGGUAGUAAGGUAUAUAUACCACCUUUUCCUUUAUCAUGGUUGCAUAAUACAGAAGGAAACCAUUAUUACGCCUAUCACGGUUCUCUUACUCAGCCACCCUGCAGUGAGAUUGUCACUUGGCUUAUCGAUCCGGUUCCUGUACCAAUCUCCUCUAAUCAGGUUGCAAAAUUUCGAGAAAUCUGUUCAAACGAUGGAUUACUUUUGACCAAUUGCAGACCGGUUCAAUAUUUAAAUGGACGUGACGUUUAUCAUUAUCCCUGA